AGAAUUCAUUCAGUUUCUCUGUGCCUGCGCUAGAGAGAGGCCCCCGCUAGCCCGAGUGGACGGAUCGCAGUUAUUUUGAAAAUACAGAAUGACGUCUAGAAACUGGCGAUUCACUGUAUCAGCACUGGUCCUGUUGAUAGCUUGUACUAUCAACGUUAACGGGCAAGAUAGUAGCACCCUCGAACAGAUACAAGAUGAACUGAACACCAUUCAGACAACAUUGGACAGACUUGAGAACCUCGUCAUUCCAACUACCACAGCGGCAGGAACUACGAUGGGAACAGAGAAGUCAACGGUCCAGUCAACCGCUGAGCCAACGACCCCAAAACCGACAACUGCUCAAUCAACGACCCCAAAGCCAACAACUGCAGAGCCAACGACCCCAAAGCCAACAACUGCAGAGCCAACGACCCCAAAACCAACAACCGCUGAGCCAACGACCCCAAAACCGACAACCGCUGAGCCAACGACCCCGAAACCGACGACCGCUGAACCAACGACCCCGAAACCGACAACCGCUGAACCAACGACCCCGAAACCGACGACCGCUGAACCAACGACCCCGAAGCCGACAACCGCUGAGCCAACGACCCCGAAACCGACGACCGCUGAACCAACGACCCCGAAACCGACAACCGCUGAGCCAACGACCCCGAAACCGACAACCGCUGGGCCAACGACCCCGAAACCGACAACCGCUGAGCCAACGACCCCGAAACCGACAACCGCUGAGCCAACGACCCCGAAACCGACGACCGCUGAACCAACGACCCCAAAACCGACAACCGCUGAGCCAACGACCCCAAAACCGACGACCGCUGAGCCAACGACCCCGAAACCGACGACCGCUGAGCCAACGACCCCGAAACCGACAACUGCUCAGCCAACGACCCCAAAACCGACGACCGCUGAACCAACGACCCCAAAACCGACAACCGCUGAGCAAACGACCCCAAAACCGACAACCGCUCAGCCAACGACCCCGAAACCGACAACUGCUCAGCCAACAACCCCAAAACCGACAACCGCUGAACCAACGACCCCAAAACCAACAACCGCGGAACCAACGACCCCAAAACCGACAACCGCUGAACCAACGACCCCAAAACCAACAACCGCUGAACCAACGACCCCGAAACCGACAACCGCUGAACCAACGACCCCAAAACCAACAACCGCUGAACCAACGACCCCGAAACCGACAACCGCUGAACCAACGACCCCAAAACCAACAACCGCUGAACCAACGACCCCGAAACCGACAACCGCUGAACCAACGACCCCAAAACCAACAACCGCUGAACCAACGACCCCGAAACCGACAACUGCUCAGCCAACAACCCCAAAACCGACAACCGCUGAGCCAACGACCCCAAAACCGACAACUGCUCAGCCAACGACCCCAAAACCUGCAGAGCCUACAACUCAAAAAGACUCUGGUCGAUUCCUGCACUACAGAGGGAGACAGGUUCUAUCACUGAGAGAGGAAGGCGCAGAAUCAUCUUCAAUUGCUUCGUCAACCCAGUCAUCGUCAGAUCCAGCCUCCUCCAGUCCCCUACCCUCAACGUCAUCCAGCGACCCAACCCCACCUUUGUGCACCGAGACAGCUGGUGAGGAUGACCUGUGCACGCGCUUCAUCGAAGUUCUGGAUGAUAUUGAAAAAGUUACGAAGGAGAUUGAAAAUGGAUUAGCCGGUGAGGAGCAGCUGGAAACUCUCAAGAACUGUUCGGCAAGGCUUGAGCAAGUGGUCCAAGAAGCUGAAACUGACCCAGAGUUCCUCGAGAGUAUCAAUGAGGAGCAAUUUGAAGAGAGGAAAUCAGAUGUGGACAAGGCCAUCGAUAACGCCGAAAAAGUCGUCCAGGAAAAGAUGAAUCCAGAUGACCCAUAUGAUCCUACCGUCGCCAUCGUCCUGGGUGUCUUAGGAGGCCUCGUCGUCGUCGGUCUGGCUGGCUACGGAGGAUUCGUGUUCUACAAGAAGAAGAAAGGGGGUAAAAAUAGCAAGAGCAAGAGUGGUUAUGAAAACGCGAACUUCGAAAACGACAACGGAACUGGGAGCCCUUAAGUGAGACAUUGGUGUUUUGCGAGAUCUGAAUGGCCUCUGCUGACGAUAUUGUUUGUUAAAAUCAUUAUUUUUCACAAUAAACUGAAUUAUAAGGUCAUUCCAUGUAUCUAUCAGACGCAACACACACACACACACACACACACACACACGCACACACACUCACGAUAACCACUAUUAAAAUACAAAUAAAUGUAUAUGUAUAACUAUUCAAAUGAAGAUAUAAUUAUUGUGAUAGAUUCUCCUAAGUAAUGCAUGACAAAACUCACUGUAGCAUUGUAAAAUGAUUGUAUAUUCAUGUGGAUCAUGGAUUAAAUAUAUUUAUGUCUUUACAUAUCAAGAAAUAUUGAUAAAAAAGUUUAAUUUCAA